AGAAAGUUUUCCCGCCACUUUGUAACUAACCUUAAAAAAACACAAACUCAAUUGCAGACAUACUCUGUAACUCAAACGAAACCCUAGGAUCGAGAAAGCUCAAAUGGAAGAAGAAAUCAAAUCGGAGUUCAAGAAGAGUGGCUUCACAUUUGACAAUGAAGAAGAGAUACUUCAAAAAUGUCUUGCUUUUUGUAUAAAUUACAAUCUGAGUCCUUGUGAUCUUGUUUCUAGCUGGGAUGUUUAUUCACUUAAUAGGCAGCUGGAACUGACUGUGCAAAAUGCACAUAUGGAUGCAUUUUUGCAGCAACUGCAAAAUGAACAGAAAGAGGCUAUCAUCAAGAAGGAGCCUGGAUUGCAUUUGUACUCUAAUGAUGUCAAGAUGAUAUUGAGUGAUAAAGCUGAAGAUAUAGAUGAAGUGGUCCCUGGGACUCCGACAGAAAAAUAUGACACGGGUUUUCUGGGUCCUCUGGAUUCAGCACACAAAACAAAUGGGAGCAUACUUCCCUCUGGAAAACCUGCAGAUCUGGUGACACCUUUUGGGCAACGAAAGAACAAAUUUGUCGUCCAAUCCACCAUCAGUGACCUGCCCAAUACAGAUUCUAUAAAGGAAGAACCGCAUGACAAUAAUUCUGAGGAUGACAUCAUAAAAAGAGUGCAACCCAGGAAACGGUGUUCGUUGCAAACUCAUCAUUCCAAGCCUGAAACAAGUUGUCGAUUUAUGUAUGAUAGAAUUGAAGAUAAGUUUAAUUUUCUUGAAAAUAGAAUCAUGAAGCAUGCAAAGGCUUUUGCUGCUUCUGGAAUCUACGAGGAACCAGUUGACCCAACUGUUGCUUCACAGAAAAGUUUGUUUGCUAUUGGUAUGGUAUGUUGUGAGGAAGAAGGUCGUCUAAAAGAGAAGCCCCUAUUGCUACAAAGCAGUGUUGAGCACUCUGGGGGGCAACGUGUCCGUCUUGACCUGCAAAAGCUGAGUCAGUUUUCUAUCUUUCCUGGCCAGGUUAUAGGCAUUAAAGGGGACAAUCCAAGCGGACACUGUUUGAUUGCAUCAGAAAUCAUUGACCAUGUUCCUUUACUAGAUUCUAAUGAUGAGAACUCUCAACCUUCAAAGAAGCAAGCUCUUGAUAAGGACUUAAUUCAAACUGAUCUAUCUCAUGUGCAGUCAGAAAUAUCAGCGUUAAUUGCAGGAGGUCCUUUUACCACAACUGAUAACUUGAUGUUUGAGCCUCUAACUGAGUUACUUGCAUAUGCACGGAGAAAGCAGCCUCAGUUGCUUAUACUGCUUGGACCCUUUAUUGAUUCGGAACAUCCUGAAAUCAAGAAGGGAACUGUAAAUCGGACCUUUGAUGAACUUUUUCAUCAUGAGAUUCUUAAAAGGAUUCAAGAUCAUGUGGAGUAUAUGGGUUCAGCAGCAAGGGUGAUUCUAGUGCCAUCCAUACGUGAUGCUAGCCAUGAUUUCGUUUUUCCUCAGCCUCCUUUCAGUAUACAUCCGCCUGACCUUAAAGAUCAGAUAACCAGCAUCACAAAUCCUGGAACUUUUUCUGCUAAUGAGGUCAAGGUAGCUUGCUGCACUGUUGAUAUAAUUAAGCAGCUUAGCGGAGAGGAGAUCUCACGAAAUGCUGCUGGUGGAUCAAAGCAUCGGAUGUCUACACUUGCAAACCAUAUUUUGUGUCAACGCAGUUUCUAUCCUCUGUAUCCACCAGCAGAAGGCAUUCCCCUGGAUUUUUCACUUGCUCCAGAAGCUCUUGAAAUCUCUUCCAUUCCAGAUAUUCUCAUCCUCCCUUCAGACUUGACUCAUUUUGUGAAGGUUGUGUCGGUGGGAGGCGAAGGAGAAGCGCAAAAGAAGUGUCUAUGUGUUAAUCCAGGAAGACUAGCAAGAGGUGAAGGAGGGGGUUUCUUUGUGGAGCUUAACUACCACGGAAGCCCUGAGUCAGCAACUGCUUCUGUAAUCCGCAUAUAGGUAUGGAAGAAAGAAAAGCCGAUACAAGCUACCCUAUCUUCUUUGUGUAAAAACAAGAGGAAGUGACAGAUGAGUUAUUCUUUCCCUUAUUUUGUUCCAUGAAUGGUUUGCUUAUAGUUUAGGCCCUUGUAAAUCUACAGCUUUAUAAUAUGGAUUAUGGAAUACUACUUGUACUCGUUAUUUGAAUCACCUCCUUAAUUUUAUUGAUAUGUUUAUAGAAUUUUAUCCA